AUGAGAUCGACUCGUGUGCUUUGUGUCUGUUCGGGUCGAUAUAUGUCGCGAUCCUUCCACCCGGCUCUCCGUUUGGCUCAAAUGGUUUCUCAUCUUUCGAGCUCCGCGGGCACCGGAUCCGGCUUUCGAGACUCCGAGGCUUCGCACCAAGCUCCCCGGCAAACUCUAGGACCGCGGACGGUAAAGGGCGCUCUUUUUACCUAUGUCCGUCCGGAACCCGCGAAGGAGCCGGAGCUGCUUGGCGUGAGCCCUAGAGCGAUGGAGGACUUAGGCUUGAAGCCCGGUGAGGAAGAUACGCCUCAAUUCAAGGCGCUGGUCGCAGGUAAUCACAUUUGGUGGGAUGAAGAAAAGGGGGGCAUCUACCCCUGGGCUCAGUGCUAUGGUGGUACGUCUUCCCAAUUUGGUUCAUGGGCUGGGCAGCUCGGGGACGGACGUGCGAUCAGUCUCUUUGAGACUACCAAUCCUAAAACAGGGAAACGGUAUGAGCUUCAGCUGAAAGGUGCGGGGAAGACACCGUAUUCGCGCUUUGCAGAUGGCAAAGCCGUCUUACGAUCGAGUAUUCGAGAGUAUGUCGUUUCCGAAGCGCUUAACGCUUUGGGUGUUCCAACAACUCGUGCGUUGUCCCUGACGCUACUUCCUGAUGCAAAGGUUCUGCGAGAGCGCAUUGAACCGGGUGCAAUCGUGGCCCGCUUUGCCGAGUCCUGGCUGCGCAUUGGAACUUUUGACCUUCCACGAGUCCGUGGUGAUCGUGAAAUCAUAAGAAAACUUGCCACUUAUGUCGCGGAAGACGUCUUCGGCGGAUGGCAAAAUUUGCCCGCCGCAGUCUCCGAGGGUGAACAGCUCUCCUCGAAUAUUGACAAUCCUCAGAGAGAUGUGCCCUGGGACGAAAUACAGGGACCCCAAGAGGCCUCAGAAAAUCGAUUCGCAAGGCUCUAUCGCGAAAUCGCCCGACGCAACGCAAAGACAGUUGCGGCAUGGCAGGCCUAUGGGUUUAUGAAUGGUGUGCUGAACACUGACAACACCUCCCUCUACGGGCUUUCACUUGACUACGGCCCCUUUGCAUUUAUGGACAACUUUGACCCAUCGUACACUCCCAACCACGAUGAUCAUAUGCUGCGAUAUUCGUACAAGAACCAACCCAGCAUCAUCUGGUGGAACUUGGUCCGCCUUGGUGAAUCUCUUGGAGAAUUGAUUGGCGCUGGAAAUCGGGUGGAUGAAGAAGAUUUCACCAAGGACGGUGUUACGGAAGACAUGGAGGGGGAGGUUAUCAAGCGUGCGGAGUCCGUCAUUGAACGGACCGGCAACGAAUUCAGAGCAGUAUUCCUGAACGAGUACAAGCGCUUGAUGUCUCGGAGGCUGGGACUCACGACACAGAAAGAUUCGGACUUUCAAGAGCUAUUCUCGGAGAUGCUGGAUACUCUGGAGGCACUGGAGCUCGAUUUCAACCACUUUUUCCGACGCCUAUCGGGCGUGUCUAUCUCGGCGCUGAGCACCGAUGAGCAGCGGAGAGAAGUAGCAUCGAUCUUCUUCCAUGUUGAAGGAUUUAGUGGCAUUGGUUACACCGAUGCCUCCGCCAGAGAACGGAUUGCAAAGUGGCUUGACAGCUGGCAAGUUCGUGUGCUGGAAGACUGGGGAAUCAGCAACGAUGAGGCAAGACAGAAAGCCAUGAAAGCUGUCAACCCGAACUUUGUUCCUCGAGGAUGGAUCCUCGAUGAAAUCAUCGAGCGCGUGGAGCGCAAAGGAGAACGCAAAAUUCUGGACCGGGUGAUGCAGAUGAGCCUGAACCCAUUCAACGACGAAUGGGGGCUUCACAAACAGGAGGAAGAGCGUUUCUGUGGUGACGUCCCCAAGUACAAGCGAGCCAUGAUGUGCAGCUGUAGCUCCUAA